AAAUCAGGAAAAAUUAUCUGGAGGGAAGUUUGUCUCUACCUGUUGUGUAAUGUGAUCAAACGAUGCUUGUCCACUGGUCUUCAUGCACACAUCAUGCCAUUUUCCAGUAUGAGUCACCUGCAGACGGACCAAACUUUGUGUCCUCAGACUAAAGAUGGGACUGGCUUAUUUCCAGGAUUUUACAUAAUGACUCAGUUCAACAUUGCUGAGUUGACCAGGAGAGGGACGGUAAAGAAGGUGCCUGGAAUGACAUCUCAGCAUAUUGCAUAUAAGAUUGGCCCUGAGUUCAACUUCAGGAUAAAAACCAGAUCUGCAUUUCCCAUGGGGCUGCCUGAGGAAUUUGCAUUUUCUGGAACCUAUCGAAUGAGUGGAAGUACACUGAAUAAGAGUUGGAAUUUGUGGCAAAUGCAAGAUCUGAAUGGAAAUGAACAGCUUGCAGUCAGACUCAACGGGGAGGCCCUGUCUGUGGAGUUCUCCUACAGAACCCAAGAGAACAAACUGAAGACAGCUUUAUUCCCUUACCAAACACUCCUCUUCAAUUCUCAGUGGCACAAGAUUUUAUUGCUUGUCAAAAAAGGCUCUGUGAGCCUGAUAACAGACUGUACAGUAACAGAUUCACAGCAGCUGGCACCCAGAGGACAAGUAAACCUAGAUGGAUUCACGCAUAUUGGAAAAAUUAAGAACAAUUCUGCAAUAGCUGUGCCGUUUGAGCUGCAGUCAAUGCUGAUCCACUGUGACUUAAACAUCCCACAGAGAGGCACAUGCGGUGACCUUCCUGCAAGGAGAGAGAUAGUUGAAAGGGGAUUUAGUUGGGUUUCUUGGUCGGGGGGUCCGUCAACCCAACUGAUCCCAGAAAACAGGGGCUUUUGUGUCUUUGGGGAAAUCAUGGCUUGCGCUGCAGGUGUGCGCGGGCCCUUUUUACUGAUUUUGUUGGAGAUAACCGUCAUCUGCACGGCACAGAGGGCUGGAGCCGGCCCUCCUGGUCCUCCCGGUGUGCCUGGAAUAGACGGCAUUGAUGGGGAGAGAGGUGACACCGGUGAAGACGGUUCGGCUGGUCCUGAUGGAGAUCCUGGAAAACCUGGUUCUGCUGGACUUCCUGGAUCACCUGGAGCUGAUGGAUUGACUGGCCCCAUAGGAGAACUAGGCCUCGAUGGCCCCCCAGGACAAAAGGGAGAACCUGGCAAACCUGGACCCAGAGGAGAAGCGGGUAUUGGACCUGAUGGACCAAUUGGACCACCAGGAUCAGGAGGACUUCCGGGUGAGCAGGGAAAAGUGGGACCCCCUGGAGCCAUGGGUGUGAGAGGGCCACAGGGACCCCUUGGACCAACAGGGCCCCGUGGUGCUGCAGGGAUGCUGGGCGGAACAAUGGAACUGUGCUCUAAUGCAUGCCCAUCUGGUGCACACUGUCAGGGUCAUAAAGGGGUGAAAGGAGAAGCUGGAGAGCCUGGUAAACAAGGACACAAGGGAGAGGAGGGAUAUCAGGGGGCACCUGGAGAGGUCGGAGCCCAAGGCCCAACUGGUUCACAGGGAAUUCGAGGUGCCACUGGUAUGAUUGGUACCAAAGGAGAAACGGGGCCUCGAGGUGUUGAUGGGGACCCAGGCCCUCAGGGUGUUGCAGGGGCGAUGGGGGAUCGAGGCCAAAGAGGAGGAAUGGGAGAAAUUGGCCCUAAAGGUGAACAGGGACCUCAAGGGCCGAGAGGCAAUACUGGUCUUCCAGGGCCGAAGGGAGGCAGUGGUUUGCCAGGUGUGGAUGGACGUGAGGGAAUCCCUGACAUGCCAGGUGCCAAGGGUGCCACCGGAAAACCUGGAACUCUGGGGGAAGUUGGCCUUCAAGGACUCCCUGGUUUACCAGGAAGCCCAGGUCCAAAAGGUGGAGCUGGAGAGAAGGGUAAUGCUGGACAAUCAGGCCUCAUUGGUACUAUGGGAUCUGCAGGUAAAGCGGGUGAGCGUGGAGAACAAGGAGAAGUCGGACCCAUUGGGUCUAUUGGACAACCUGGAGAACGGGGAGAGCAGGGGCCACCUGGGCCGAUGGGGAAACCAGGAGCCAGAGGUCCUAAAGGUGACUUGGGCUUGCCUGGACUUCCUGGACCACCAGGCCUACCAGGAAUAAAAGGAGAUAGGGGUGAAGCAGGAGAACCUGGACCAAAGGGAGAACAGGGAGCUCAAGGUGCCGAGGGAACACCAGAAGACAAGGGAGAUGUUGGUGACCCUGGCCAACCUGGAGCUAAAGGAGAAGUAGGUAACCAGGGGGAUCCGGGUAACAGAGGACCAGAGGGUGCCCGUGGGCAGCCUGGCAUUGAGGGGCCUCCUGGUAGUCCUGGACCACGUGGCAUGCAGGGAAACAGAGGAGCUCCAGGACCUCGUGGCACCCAGGGACCAGCGGGUAAAGAACCAAGUGAUCAACACAUCAGACAAGUGUGCAUGCGUGUUAUGCAGGAGCAGUUGGCCCAAUUGGCUGCCAGUCUGAGGAGACCAGAGUCUGGCGCGGUCGGACUGCCAGGCAGACCCGGUCCCCCUGGUUCUCCCGGACCCCCAGGUGACAGUGGCUUUCCUGGGCAUGCUGGUGCAAGAGGGCUCCCGGGACUCAAAGGGCCUCUGGGACUUUUGGGUCUCAAGGGGCCGAAAGGUGAGAUGGGAGACAGAGGGGGCAGGGGACCUACAGUUCGGGGACCCAAAGGCAUGCCGGGACCUCCUGGACUACCAGGUGAACCUGGAAAACCAGGAUACGGUCAAGAUGGGCGUGAUGGAGAACGGGGUCCACCUGGUGCCCCGGGUCAGCCGGGUGUUCCUGGACCUCCUGGUUCAGCCGGACCACCCGGUUACUGCGAUCCUUCGGCCUGUAAUCUGAGCGCAGGUGCCGCCCACCAGUCCCUCAAAGACUCUAGCAUGAAGGGACCAGGCGGAAACUAAAAACCUCACUGUUCAGGACAUUCAGAGAGACUCCGCUACAGCUCUGCGAAAAGCACAAAACGUUAUCGCCCUUUGCAGAUAAUUUUACAGCUGUAAUGCCUAAAACACUUUGCCAACUUCCUGUGUACAGAAAACGGCAACAUUUCUUGAUCCAAACAAAUAAGACACUUUUUUGUUCACCUUAAGUUAUAUGUUGGUGCAAAUGAACUUUCACAGAACUUAUUGCCCAUCUAAUGUAAUCCCAUUUCCUGUAGACUUUAGAAGUUUUUUUUCCUCAACUCAUACUAAAUCUGCUCUAGGAAGUGAACAAACAUCAAUGUGGCCUUCAGACCGGAGGCCUUUUUAAUUUCUGUGUGCCAAAGAUAAACCUGCCAGAAAUAUUGAUGGUGCUGGAAGUUCAUAACUGAAACGGCUGCCAGAGACCUGCUGUCAGAAACCAAAAGGAGAGAGGAUAUAUCUAGAUAUGCUGCAAUAUAUUCUGUACAUCAAUGUAAAUGAUUUAAAUGUGGUUUUGUAAGAAAUUCACUCCCCGCUAAAGAAUAUCGGUGAUUUAUUGUUCCAGGAUUGUGGGCGGGAAGGCGAUGCAUGACCCUUUUGUGACAUAUACACAUGAGAGAAAUGCAGAUGUGUCGUUUCAUGGUAUUUCUAUUUAUUUUACAUAGGUGUUCGAUGACGAUGAAGUUUGUACAGAGAUCCAAGGGAAACACAUUUGAAUAAAUUUGAUGUUUUUAUAUGAUUUCAGAAUAAAUGUCUCAAACAUUCUUAUGCUUUUUCCUCUUUCAAGUAACACUUCCUCGUUGAAUAGCCCGACUGCACUUAUCUCAGCUUUUUCCACUCUCUUUCUCUCUUAAAUAACUCAUUACAUGCCAGUGCAAAAAUGUUGGCACAAACACAUUUCGUUUGCUCUUUCAGUGUAGAUGCUAAUUUAAAUGCUGGCAAACUGAACUCUGCAAUUAAUCAGUAAGGGAGAUUUUAAGUAAGAAUGACA